ACGUCUGCAACUGGACCCUUCAAGCCACGUGACGAGAGACGGAAGCAUUUAUCAGAACCGCUCUUCGGUUAUUCAUAUUUAGCAUGGCCGAAUCGUUAGAAGGGGUUGGCAGAGAUACCAGCAUUGACCACAUGUUGGAGGCUGGGGGGGGACUUUUAGCAGAUUUUAUCAUUGAUCGUGUACGUCGCCAUGGGAAUGAUGAGCUGACUGUCAACUAUGCAGACUUAGGUGGGACUGAAUUGCAUGACCCCACCCUUAAACAGGUGGCACAGUGUCUACGGCAGAUUGGAGAUGAACUGGACAACAACGAGGAACUGCAAAGGAUGAUUAACAAGCCGGAUCUUCAGCCGACCAAAGAGGUGUUUUCCCAGGUAGCCUGGCAAAUUUUCUCUGAUGGCAAAUUCAGCUGGGGCAGGGUGGUUACCCUCUUCUACUUCGCCUGCCGCCUUGUCAUUAAAGCUCUAAUAAAGAAGGUCCCAAAUGUAAUACGAAUAAUAUUUAGUUGGACGAUGGACUACUUGCGAGACCAUGUGAUCAGUUGGAUUAUGGAGCGCGGUGGCUGGGAGGAUGUCAGGUCCUACUUUGGGACACCCACAUGGCAAAUGACGGGGGUGUUUGUGGCUGGUAUCCUCACUGCAUUCCUGGUCAUUCACAAGAUGUGAUGCCAAGGCAUGGAGGAGUUGGCCAGGACGGGACCACUCUUUAGAAGAAUCCAGGGAUUGACCUAUCACGAACAAUAGCAAUCUGUUAGACCUGAAGUAUGUCACUUACAAUACUGUGUACAAGUCUUAAGCAGUCAAAGAAAAUGUUUAAAUAGUCUUCAAGUUGGUAUACAACUAUAAUGAUAUGUCUGUGAAAGAGGUAAUUUAGUCAUUUCAAAACCUCUUCUAAAAUCAGCCCAGUAUUUUCAGCAACCGUCCAAAACACUAAUGUAUUUUUUGACUGGACCACUACCCCACCGUGUUUGGGUAAUUAGUACCUCAUCAUGUGAUUUAACCAAUUAAGUUGAUUAUUUUUUUUGAGCCAGAGAUGAAACAUGAAAUUUAAUGAAUACAUGGAAUAGCUGAGGUGCCCCUGAGGAGAGGUUUGGGAAUCAAAAAAGCCAUCCAACCAGAUAUUUGUAACUUAUAGUAACAGGAGAGAGGAAAUUCUUGUUUAUUUAUUAUUGUGCUAAAUGGCAUAUAUUCUAAUGUUUAGUUUUUUUUUUCCUAAGCAAAUACUUACUACCCAGACAAUUGUCUUAAACAUUUUCUUUACCACAGUACUAUAUGUUAGUACCUCUUCAGUAGCAGCCCUGAAAAUCGUACCUGUGACCUCUUUACCUCCAACCUCUCUAGCUACCUCUUAUCCACAUCAUCUAUUUCUCUACCUCUGCACCACAUCAGUCCACAUUGCGUAAGGUGGCCAAUGAAAAGGUACUCCCUGUGUAGGUUACCUUUAGUGUAGUGUAAAUGUCUUGCAUUAUUAUGCUGUAUGAUAAAGAGGUUGUAUAGAACUGCUUCACAACAACGUACAUAGUAAGAUUGCAGAUUGUGUAAAAAUGCUACUAUUUACAAUACAUAGUAUACAGACUCCAUGCUAAUACUUUAUAACGCAGUGUUUUUUUCUUUCUUUUCAGUUUCAGUAAACAAGAAAUAUGGUUAUUUUAUACUAGUACUAUACAUUUUGUACCUUUCAGGUUUUGAAGUUUACAAAUAACCAGUUUCAUACAAUAAAAACUAUUCUUUUUAGUUAAUAAAGGAUUUCAACUGGGGCUGGGCGCCGAACACCCCCCCCCCCCCCAAUCAACACCCCAUAUCUGAUACAUACCAUCGGAGACAAAGUGCAAAAAGAAGUUUACCAGUGGGGGCACUGGUGCUAAAAGACAACUUCAAUAGAGAGACAGGGGACAAGUAUAGGCUACAGAAAAUAGCAAGUAAACUGUGAACAUUUGUUUUGGUAAAUGGGGUAGAUGUAUCUUAUGUAUAUGUAAUUGCCUAUUAAGCUUUUCUGUUUUAUACCAACAGCAAUACUGGAUAUUGCCACUGUGUUGGAGUUUUAGGUUACUUUGACUGCAUGUUGUUCAGUAGGUUAUAAUCUUUAAUACGAUUCCCCCCAUGCCAAAAUUCAUUGCUAUCUGGCAGCUUAUGGUCUUGUUAUAUAGUCAGAGAAGAAUGGCCAGAGCUCAAAAAUCCUAGGGACGGCAUGUUUUUUUUUCUUCUCAUCACGUGAUUCUCUGUGAAAUUUACACUGUAAUGUGUGAAAAUCCCAGAAGGACGGCCGUUCCUGAGAUGCUGGAACUAUGAUGUUUGGCACCAACAAGCAUACCAUGUUCAAAGUUGCUCAGGUCAGGCAUUUUAGCCGUGCUGAUACUUAGUUGAAAAGCGAGUGAGCCUCUGGACCAGGUCUGUGUGCUGCAUGUAUUCAUUUGGCGAAUGCGCACAACUGCUAACAGUGUUCACUGGUGUGAGAGUUUGGGGGACAUAUAAAAAGUAUCUGACAUAAAUCUGCUCCAAAAUAAGAAAACCACCAGGUUGAAGACUGUCACAGGUUUAACAAGCCAAGAAGACCCAGGUUUUUUAUAUGGUAAUAAACAGAGCAAGGAAACUAGAUAAUUUUGGUUGUUAUAGAUGUUUGUCAGCUUUAAUUUGUCAUCUGGUACAGGUGCACAUCUGAAUAGCCAUUACAGAGGACUGCUUGGCAGACUGAUACAUCUGACUUUACUUAGCAUAUAGUUGCCCAUAUUUGGGUUGUGUCGACAGGGAAUGGAAACGCUGUGUCCUACCUGUUCUUUUUCCCAUACACUCUUUAGCUUUCUCCAUUUUAGCUUUAUUCUGAGCCACGUGUUUGGUUAGAAAUGUUUAAAAGACGCAUUUGGCUUGGCCCAAGCAGGGGCACUUCUCAGUUGAUAGGCUCAGCCUUCAUAUGCUGUUUACUGUAUCAUUUGAAACCUUAUAUGCAACUCGGUCAUUUAAUGCAUGUUAUUUUCAUAUACAUCAAGUGAAAUGUGCAUAUGAGAAAGCUGGGUGGGAAAAAACAGAUCAGAUAUCGACACUUUCAUAACGAGUUUGUUUGUUAGAGUCACACUGAAAUAUAUUGUAUUUCUAAUACAAUAAUCAUUUUCUGAUAUAUAUGAUAUUUGAAUGUGUGUGUAUAUACCAAAAAAAUUAGUGCAGGCAUUUGUAAUUAAACAUUCUGUUUAAUGGGGAUCUUCAUAGUAACACUCAGACUUGAGUAAUGCAGCUUGAUAGAUUUUCUUACUGUGAUGCCAUAUAUCUUAAAAUAAAAUAUCCUUGUAUGUGUAUUAUAUCAUGUACAGAAUAUCUGUUGAGAAAAAUAAUCUGAUAAUGCUGAAGGUUUACUACGCUGGCAGAAAUGAUGAAACAAAUGUGAUAUUCAAAUGCCAUUUUGCCGUGAGCUUUAGUGAAGCACUGGUGAACUUUAAUAGUACUUUAAUAGAUGGACAUUAAGUUCUGAUGUAUUACUGAUGGGGUUUGUUGAACGGAAGUCUGAUGCUAACAAUAACUGUAAAUUAUGAGAAGCUUCUCAGUUAUGUGUCUUGAGUUUCCUUCUGUGUUAUAUAUGUCUGGAGUUUCCUUUUAUGGUACCUUGUGUAAUGUUUAAUUCCCCCCCCCCCCCUCCGUCUCUCCUACCCUUGUACGGUUUUCGAUUACCUUGUUAUAUGCAUGAUUUUUAUUCCAUUACAUUCAUUUGCUGUUUUAAGUGCUAUGGAAAUGAUAUGGGUUGUUAAACUAAACUGACCAGUAAAAUGCUUAUUUAUUAAAUAAAGAGAAGAACAUGUUGCUCAAA